UGUGCUCACGUCAGUGUCGCCAAAUAGCCUUUAACCCGAAAUCGAACUAUUUUGCGUGACAAAGGGAUGCUGCGGCGCCUUGUGUUCGCGCACAACCCGCGUUCUAGAAAAAAGGACCGCAUGUGAACCAGUGUGUGUGUGACGCGUGAAGUCAGAGUGAGCAGCUGACGGGUCGCGCAGCUCCUUCUCCGCGCGACGGCCAUUCCAAGCCGAACCCGGAUGCGGAGGGGGCGAGGGCAAGGAGGGCGAGCCGCGGCUAAUGCCCGACCGACACAGCGGAGGCAGGGAGCGCGAACACCCGAAGAUGGACUGAUCGCCUCUGCGUAACAGCCUGGCUUUUCGAGCGUCACUCUCGCUUUGAUUUUUCAAACCACGAAACACCAGCGUUCACCGUUUCGUCUUGCUCCCAUACCUAAAUAUAUCGGUGCCAAGGAAAAAGAAAGCGAAGCGGGCGAGCUAGCUAACGAGCUAGCUAGCUAGCCGGCAAGCGGCGCGGCUUAACUCGUCUGCAGUUCCGCUCAGCACGAGCCGAGGCCGCGCUUCUCGCGAGCUGCGCCACGUUCUCUCAGCGAAGGCGAUGGAGGCCUCGGAACAGGCCGGCCCGGACGUCGGCUCCCAGGAGGCGAACCCCGUUUACCUUCAGCAGUUACGGGAGCUCGACAUUCCGGAAGAGGCGGCGAAACAGGCCCUAAUACACACCAGAAACGUUUCUGCCGAGGAAGCGGCCAUCUACUACUUCAACAAAUUAGAAAAUGAGGAAGAAGGGGAUGAGGACUUGACGUACAAGAUGGUGUUUGUUGUAAACAUGGACCUGUCUAUGGGCGUGGGAAAGGUGGCGGCACAAGUGGGACAUGCUGCAGUGGGUUUGUAUCAGGCCCUUCAGGAGAAAAACAGCUGGAGGGAAAUGGCCUGGAAGUGGGAUCAUGCUGGAGCAAAGAAAGUGGUUCUCCAGGCCACUAAUAUGGCACAUCUGCUGGAGCUCCAGGCUUUAGCCAUGAGUCUUAACCUACCUACUUACCUGGUUCAGGAUGCUGGACGGACUCAGGUGGAGUCUGGCUCUCGGACCGUCCUGUCCAUCAUUGGCGAAGAGGAGAUGGUGAACAAUGUGACUGGGAGCUUAAAGUUGCUGUAAGGAAAUGAGCGGGGUGGUGCAGCUCUGCGGUGUGUUGGCACACAGGCAGCAGAGGGCAGCAGCUGGAUAGAGCACAACGGUCUCUACAUGCAACAGUGUUUAAAAAAAAAAAAAAAAAAAAAAAAAAGGAAAAACAUACACCAGACUCAGCCAUUUUUAUUCUACCCCCUUUCCAGACCACGGACUGGAGGUUAUAGGAAAGGAAUGCUGCAUAAGUCUUAAGAGAAGGACUGGUUCUACAGCUCAUUCUAGCUGACUGAAAGGAAUUGGCUUUAGAAAGUGUGACGCCUAAAUUUAGGUAAAACAGAUUGUCCAAAUUUAUAUUAAGAAAGAAGUUCUGCAAAGAAAAAAGAUUAAUCAAAUUAAAUUUAAAGUCAAAAGCUAAAACAUUUAUGAUCAUUUCUCAUCUCAGUCAAAAUUAUUUCGUUGGAGGAAUGGGAAGGAAAAAUACCUAAAUAUGUUGAUUGUUGAAAUAAAGUACUUAGUGUAAGUCUUGAUCCAGUUUGUUCUACUGGCAAACCUUUAAAAACUGGAAUUUUUAUCUCCCUGUAAAUGUAAUAAAGAAACUUUUGUUAUGUAUACAUUUUUGACAUUAAGAGCUAUGCUGACAGAUAAGAGUUCAUGUUGUUGAAUGGCUGUCCUUCUGCACCUUCAACCUUUUGUUACUUUUUUCUGUUGUUCUUUUCAAAUGACUUCUUAAACUGCAUAUUCUCAUGUUUAGGGAAGAAUAUUUUGUUACUGGCCUCUCUGACAUGUUUCAUUUAAUGUUAUUGAUAGGGAGUGUGUUUACAAGGCUGCUGCAUGAUACAGUUUGUGGAAAAGA